AUGCGCACAUCUACCAACAUUCUGCGCCACAAGACCUUGACAGGUGCUCUCGCGGCUGCACGGUGGCUAUGGGACGGAACAGGGGUCAUGCGCGGGCUUGGUGCGCCCGGCGCUGCGUUUGUGAAUGUCAAUGACCCCGCACUGCAAUCACCUCCACCAUCGGAACCCAUCACGAACAAUGCGCCUGGAAGCGCCGAUGUCGAGUUGGUGUGGUUCCCGCUAGUCGUUGUCUACUUCGCGAAUACAAGUCCAUGGGGCAAGGAGGGAGUCAUGACUAUUGGAGUCUUGUAG